AUGAAAUUCUGGAAAUUUUCAUCCCAAGCCUUAGCCACCUUGUUGUCUGUGGUCACCUUAGCCCAGGCCAGUGGCCCCACCGACGGUGAGGCAGCUGCUGACCCAAACUCCGCUGUGGUCAAGUUGACCACCGCCACCUUCAAGACCUUCCUUGACGAAAACCCAUUGGUGCUUGCUGAGUUCUUCGCUCCAUGGUGUGGCUACUGUAAGUUGUUGGGCCCUGAAUUCUCCAAGGCUGCUGAUUCCUUGAACGAGUCCCACCCCAACAUCAAGUUGGCCCAGAUCGACUGUACCGAAGAAGAGCAAUUGUGUUUGGAACACGGCAUCAGAGGCUACCCAACCUUGAAGCUUGCUCGUGGUAGCGAGGCCACCGAGGACUACGACGGCCCAAGAGAAGCCGACGGAAUUGUCGACUACAUGAUCAAGCAGACCUUGCCUGCUGUCCAAGAAGCCGCCACUUUGAUCGCAUUCAACGAGUUGGCCUCCCACGAAACCAAGCCUUACGUCGUGCAAAUCGGGUCCACUUCUGAGACCUCUGAGAUCUUCGAGAAGGUUGCCAAGCAGUUCAGAAAGGACCACUUGUUCUUGUCUGCUGACAAGUCGUUCGUCGAUGGUUUGAAGAAGAAGUUCUCUGGUAUUAAGAACGACUUCAAGAAGCCUACCUACCUCGUUGUCCACCCAGACAAUGACAAGGAACCAAUUGUGUUCGACGAAGAAUUGAGUCUCGAGGCCUUGAGCGAGUUCAUCAAGAGAGAAGUAGUUCCUCUCUUCGGUGACAUCAAUGGUGACACCUACAUGACCUACAUGGCUUCUCCAUUGCCUCUCGCCUACUACUUCUACAACACCAAGGACCAAAGAGCAGAUGUCGCUCCUUUGUUCACCAAGUUGGGUAAGGAAUUCAGAGGCAAGAUCAACUUUGUUGGUUUGGAUGCUAGCUUGUUCGGCAAGCACGCUGAAACCAUCAACAUGAACCCAGAAAUCACCCCAUUGUUUGCCAUCCACACCACCUCCAACGACAAGAAGUACGGUGUCAAUCAAACUGAGUUCCCAGAAGGUCCAUCUCAAAAGGUGAUUGAAAAGUUCGUCAGAGACUACUUUGCUGACAAGUUGUCCCCAAUCAUCAAGUCACAGCCAUUGCCUACUGAAGAAGAAAUAGCAUCCACCCCAGUUGUUCAAUUGGUUGCCCACAACCACGAUGACGUGGUCAAGGACGUCACCAAGGAUGUCUUCGUCAAGUACUACGCUCCAUGGUGUGGUCACUGUAAGAAGUUAGCUCCAACCUGGGAAGAAUUAGCUGAGCUUUACGACUCCAAGAAUGCCGACUCCCAAGUUGUUAUUGCCAACCUCGACCAUUCCAGCAACGAUGUCACCACUCCUGUCCAAAUUGAAGGAUACCCAACCUUGUUAUUAUACCCAGCCAACGGUGAGAUUGACGAAAAGACUGGUUUAAGAACCCCAAUUGUUUUCUCUGACAACAGAGAAUUGGAGAGCUUGAUCAAGUUCAUCAAGGAAAAGGGUGCUCAUGGUGUCGAUGGCCAUGAAUUGAAGAGCAGACAAGUUGAAAUAGAAGAAGAAGAUGAGGAAACUCUUGUUGACAAGGUUGAAGAGGUUCUUGAGGAAGCCAAGGAGGUUGAACAUGAUGAAUUAUAA